AUGAGUUCAGAUCCUCUAAUUCUUGGGAGAGUGAUAGGAGAUGUAAUUGAUUAUUUCACCCCUAGCAUAAAAAUGUCUGUAAUUUACAACAACAAAGAAAUCUUCACUGGAUAUGAAGUACCCUUUCCUUGUACUGUUAAGACUAAGCCAAGGAUUCAGAUUCAAGGAGGAGACAUGAGGUCCCUCUUUACACUGAUCAUGAUAGACCCUGAUGUUCCUGGCCCAAGUGAUCCUUACAUGAAAGAACAUUUGCACUGGGUGGUGACAGACAUUCCAGGGACAACAGAUUCCACAUUUGGAAAAGAGUUGACAAGCUAUGAGAAACCAAAGCCUAAUAUUGGAAUCCAUAGAUAUGUGUUUGUCCUUUUCAAGCAAAAAAGGGGGAACAAGUACUCAAUUACUUGUCCUUUUUCAAGGGAUCACUUCAACACACGAAAUUUUGCUGAUCAAAAUGACCUUGGUGUCCCUGUUGCUGCUGCUUAUUUCAAUGCUAGAAGGGCAACGGCUCCUAGAAGACGUUAG